AUGUUUAAAGUAGGACUGUUCGGGUCAUUAAGAAAUAAGGAAGGGUCGUCGAAGGAGGCUUGUACCUCUCAGAAUGAAGUUAUCUGCCAACAACUGAUUGCCUUAUUCCCCGAUGCAGAUCAGCGAUACUUACUCUAUUGCAUAGAUCAUUACAACGAUAACCAUGUAGAGCGCAUAAGUGAGAAAAUAUUUACGGCAAACUGCGGUUUCUAUCCUCAGAUACCGCACAACGGUACAUCAUCAACAUCUACGGAAGCAAAGAAUGCCUAUCUCGAUCAACUAAAUGAACUAUUUCCUGACUGUGAAGUCAGCUUUAUUCGAGACUUGAUCAACAGUUACGAUAACAAUCACGUACACCAAGUGACUGAAGAAUUAAUCGCUUUGGAGAAAAGCUCCAAGGGUUAUCCUCGCAGAUUGACACCUUUUGAGAUCGAGUCCUGGGAAUAUAUAAGAUCAGAUGCUUACAUUAAAGCGGUGAGAUGUAAAUUAUAUAACGACUUUCCCAACAUGUGGAAAUCAACGAUUAAAGCAGUCUUGGCCGAGAACAACUUUGACUAUAUACGAAGCCAUGAUAAGCUUAAAGAUCUCUCUACAAACGGAUGGUGGACAUUAUUUAACGUAUUUAAACGGAAAUCAUAUAAAGAGACGGACAAUGCUGAGUUAAACGGCGAGUUGGAACGAUUAAAUUUGAUAGAAAGAGAAAAGCAGUCGCUUGCUGACCAUGAAAUAGCAAAGGAACUUAAUCAUGAUGAAUAUUCCAAGAAUAAUCAAUUAAUAACUUGCGGAUGUUGUUACGGAGAUUGUACCUUUGAAGAGCUGACAUUUUGUAGCGAGGGACAUUUGUUUUGCAAAGAAUGUAUAAACCGAUUAGUAGAAGAAGGUGUCUUUGGACAAGGGUCGCUCAGAGGCAAACGAAUAAAGUGCAUCGAAGCAAGUGACUGUAAUGGAUAUUUCAGAGACGCUCAGUUGAGAGCAACACUCUUUCCAAGCACAUACAAACACUAUACGGAAUCGCUCAUCGAACAUUCACUAAAACAGAGCAAUCUUCCUCUCGUACAAUGCCCGUUCUGUCAGUAUGCCGAGGUCGAAGACGAUCCGCUGCGACAAAUAAGGAUUUCAAGACCAUUUCUGGUACUUGUUGCUUCGGUGCUUGUGUUUUUUUUGUUGGGUGUGAUUGGGUUGAGUCUGUUGAAUUUUGUAAUUAUUAUUGCGACCCAGAUUGCACUUGGGCUUAUAGGGGUGCAUACGGGGAGGUCAGUGUUACAGCAUAUCGAUGGUAUUAUAAAGAGGAUAAGACGACGGAGAAGAGGGAACGUAUUCAGAUGUCUGAAUCCAGAAUGUGGCAAGGUAUCUUGUCUAUUGUGUAAUCGCGAGAGUAGACCUCAUCACAAGUGCUACGAGAAAGAACAGGAUAGUUUGCGAUUGUAUGUCGAAAGAGCUAUGGCAGAAGCUGUGAAGAGAACAUGUCCAAAGUGUCACGUAUCGUUUACAAAGGCUGAUGGGUGUAACAAGAUGACUUGCCGUUGUGGAUAUGUAAUGUGUUACCUGUGCAGAAAAGACCUCCGACAAGAAUCGUAUGCACAUUUCUGCGAUCAUUUCCGACCGGUACCGGGACAAAAGUGUAAGAAAUGUAAUAAAUGCGAUUUAUAUAAACCGGAAGACGAGGAAAAAGUGGUCAGAGAGGCUGCGACUAAAGCUCGAGCUGAAUUCAUGAGGACACAUCCCGAAUUUAAAAAUAUUAAUUUAUUGGACAAUACUGCCAUUGGUCCGAGAACAAAUGAAGAUAACCAAUGGGUGCGUGACGCUAUCGAAAGGACUGUUGAACUAGUUGUAGAUUACAUAUUGCCCAAUAUUUAA